GCCCCACCCGCGCUUCUUCCCAGCUAAACCCCGACUCUCGACUCGACAACACCCGCACUCGCACUCUCGAGGGACUCCUAUGCCAACUGAUCUGACACCUCGCGGGUUGCCGCAUGACCGAGAGACAGCAGUACGGUAAUACGUCGUAGGAGGUUUUCGGCCUUGACCAGCCGUUCGCGUCUUCUCUCCGGUCUCCUCUCUUCUCACGCUCUCCCGCCCCUGCGCAACCUCGUCCUCUGGCCCUUGCGCCUGGCCGUGGGGUGAAGGUGCCGUCAUCCGAAGCAUGACGUCAUCAAUACAAAUGCUGGCGUCGCGCGGAUGUGCCGCGCCGAUGGCGCUGACGUGUCGGCCGAAUCGAAUCACGACUGCUGCCGCAACGAAGCAAGUGCGCCUCCCCGGCCUGCGCCAAGCGGGGAUGUUCCGCCCAUCCUUCCGCCGCAGCGGAGCGCACUGGCGCAGAGAAAGACCCCGGCGGGAGGCUGUGGCUGCCGCUGAUGGCGAGGGAGCAGACGGAGGCGGAGAAUCGGCGGAAGCGGAGAAAUCGCCGUCUGCGCCUGCCGCAGAGGCGGAGGCCGGCAAGGGGGAGGGCAGCAACAGCAGCAGCAGUGGGAGCAGCGAGAGCGACAGCGGCGGCGGCGGCGACGGCGUCGGUGAGGAGUGCAAGUCGUGGGAGGGCGAUCUGCGGUACAUGAUGUCGUGGCAGUGGGAUGACGUGGUGCGCUUCUGGCGCACUAGCGGCGCGACGGAGGAGCAGAUCUCGUCGGAAGAGUUCGAAUCUCUGCGCGAGUGGUGGACCACCAGCGCGCGCUACUGGCAGCGCGACGGCCGUCUGGACGGCAAAACCCUCUGGGAGGUUGUAGAAAUGCUGCGCCGCUGGGAGCUGGACGGGUGGUUUAGGGUUUAUGAAACGGCGAUGAGUCCCGAGAUGGAGUUUGCGCUGGAGUCGGUGGUUGAGGGGAAGGAGGAGACGUUUGUGGGGGAGCAGUGGAUGGACCAGCUGACUCCGCGGGGCAUCCGCGAGGCCAAUGAGCGGAGACUCAAGGGGGGAACAGGCGCGGGGGGGCUGCUGGGCGGAGGGGACGAGGGGGUGGUUGAUGUGGGCGGGGCCGUGGGGGUGCAGGACACGCAGGGGGGCGGGGGAUUGGGGGGAGGGGAGGGGGAAGGGGAGGGGGAGGGCGGGGAGGUGAGUGAGGAGGAGCGGGGGAGGAUGGAGGAGCGGUUGCGAGAGAUGAUGGGGGAAUCGGUGAUGCGGGUGCUGCAGGGGCGGACCACCCUGCCCAAGGGCGCUGACGCUGACGCUGAUGCAAAUGCUGCUGCUGCUGGUGCUGCCGGUGCUGCUGGUGCUGGUGCCGAUGGUGGUGCUGGUGAGAGCAACAGUAGUGGCGGCAGCAUGCGGCGUGCGCGGAGCAGCAAGUGGACAGGGUGGCGGCCAGGGAAGUUCCCCAUGCUGACGCGUCGCCCGCCCCGUGAUUGGCCGCCGCCAGGCUGGCAGGUGGACGCGGAUGAGCUGGCAGUGAUUCACGGGGCGGCAGGGGGAGUGAGGGGGGGAGAGAAGGAGGAGGAGAGGGUGAGGGAGGAGCGAUGGGGUGUGUUUAUGAAGCAGUAUGAGGCAUGGGUGGAAGCCAACAAGGGCGUCUUGGAUGAGGAAGCCGGCAUUGCGGAUCCCAUCUACUUCCCAGGGCGCAGGAAGACCAGAAACAAGUUCCGCCCAGGACUCUACGAGCUACCGUACGUGGAGGCGGGGCAGGUGUAUGCGGGGCGGGUGACAACCAUCAACCUGAACGAGGGCUGCUUCAUUGACAUCGGCGCCGUGCAUGAUGGGUGGGUGCCCAUCUACAACGACGACUGGUACGACCUGCGCAAAUUGCUCAACAUCGGAACGCCAGUGCUGGUGGAAGUCAUGGCCAAGCGAGACCCCUUCCGGUUCCGCUUCCCCAUCGAGCUGCGCCUGCUCAACCCCGACGUGGAUGACAUGAUCUAUCGCCGCCAGCGCUACCCCCCUCAUGCGCCUAUCUUCUCCCGUGAUGGCGACUUCAACCUCAAUGAACUCGCCGUGGAGGUGCGGCGGCCGAAGCUGCCGUUUGUGAAGCGGGCGUUCUUCCCGAACCGGUGGGAGCGGCUGUUCGUGGAGGAGUCGGAGCAGCGGGACGAGGACCUCAGGCACCCCUACAUCCAACACGUUGAGCGCAUACAGGGAGCGGAGCGCAUGCUGGUGCAGAGAGUGCGGAGGGGGGAGACAGUGGGACAUGAUGACGUCGCUCUCAUGCUGCCAGAGCUUGCAGAUGCAGCUCUGGUGGAUCUAGCAGCAGCAGAGGAGGAGCUCAAGUGGGACGAGGAGGAGGCGGCGGCAGCAGCGCGGGGCGAGGUGGUGGACGCGCCUGCGUCGCGCCACGACGUGCUGCGGGCGUCGCUGGCAGCGGUGCACGAGCAGCGCCUGCAGGCUGAGCGAGAUGCAGUUGCACGCGACAGAGCAGCGCGCAAGGAGGUGGGGCUGCCAAUCUACGAGCCGGGGCGGGAGCAGCUGGUGCGGCAGAUAGGCGGCGGCAAGGAGGAGUGGUGGCGCUACAUCUCCUUCCUCUACACCGCAGUGGACCUCGCGCUUUUCCCAGAUGGCAUUCCUGAUGAGGCCGCCAUGCGACAGGCUGCAGAUGAAGCCCUCAUUGAAGCUGCUGCUGGCGCCGCUCCUUCUUCCUCAUCAUCUUCAUCGGCACCCGCACCACCCUCCUCGUCGUCCUCUCCUGGGUCGUCGCCAAGCGAUAGAGCUCCUGGGGACCUUUGAGCUCCUAGGGACCUUCAUGGUUCCAGGAAGGAACCAGGUGGUGCCCCCUCCGCCCAUCUACCCAGGGUAGAUGUCGCACGUCAGUGCACAAUUUAGUGACAAGAUACGAGGUUGGAUUUGGGACCCUCACUGUAUGAGAUUUGCACCACGGAAAAAAUCCCGCUUAACUAUGCUGAGGCAAGCCACAGAUACACACAACACGCAUUGUACACAGCUUCUUCCUUAUUUGACAAAACAUGUGGC